AUGAGUUCAAGAAAUAAUAGAAGAAGGAGACUAGCUAGUAUCGGGGUCUCUCUCAGAAACUCCUUUAAUCAGGAGUGACUCCCUGAAAUUGCUCCCAACAACCGUAAGAGCAUUGAGCGUGAAAAGCCCAGAAACAAGACAAAGCUCAGUAUGAAGAGAAGGAGAAGUAUUAUAGAUCUCACUAAGAAGGAGAGUAUAAACUGUACCCAAUCGUUCUUCUCUCCAAAGCCAAAGAAAUUAGCUUUCUUUAACAAGAAGAUUACUUUCAUCCCAAAUUUUUGGAAUAAAAAGAAGGCAAGGAAGAUGACUCUUCAGACCACUACUAAAAAGACCAAAGCUAAGAUCCUCGUGUGAAAGAAGGAGACAGAGAGUGAAAAGAGGGAGAAAAUAAAGCUGAUCUUUGAUAGUAUGGAUGCUAAAUACUCCAAAUAUAUCAAACAUGAGAUCCAGCGCAAGCAUAAGCUCGUUUUGUAACUAAUAAUUUACUAUCUUCA